AUGGGGGAAAAGUAUGAUGCCCUUAUGAAGAAUCACACUUCGACUCUUACUCCUCCUCCACUAGACUCUGUCAUUAUUGGUUCAAGAUGGGUUUAUGCUAUUAAAAAGGUACCAGAUGGUUCUAUUAAAAAAUACAAAGCCAGUUUGGUUGCUAAGGGAUGUCACCAACAACAUGGUAUAGAUUUUGAUAAAAUUUUCAGUCCAGUUAUUCAGCCUACUACUAUUAGAACUGUUCUUACUUUGGCUCUUUCGAAUGGUUGGUGCCUUAGACAAUUUUAUUUCAAUAAUGCGUUCCUUAAUGGAGACAUUACUGAAACGGUUUAUAUGACUUAG